AGCGUUACAGCGACUAUGGAGCCAACGACACCAGCACGGUCGGAGAAGGCCCCUCGUAGGGUUACCAUCAACCCGAUGAGUGCUCCCAAAACCACAAGGAAGAAGAGUGUUGGUCAGCGACAACAACAGCAACAACAACAACCUGGGAGUGGCGCGAAGAGUGGGGCUGUACGUGACCUCUACCAGACGGCCCUUCCGACGAGCCAUACCGGCCUACAGGCCUCGCUGAGCCCAAAGCCUGUUCAAGCAACCUUGCUGGAUCCCCCUAGGAGUCAUGACGGGACAGUACGCCUGAAGGACGAGAGGCCGCUCCAAAGCAAGGGGUAUAGGAAGGCGUGCGCUGAGUAUGUGUAUGCCUAUCUAAGCAAGCACGGCUAUCGUUCAGAUCGUAUGAAGCCUGGUUGGUUCGACAGCCCUUCGACGAGGGAGUUCUUCUCUCUCUGCGAGUUCCUGCUGGAGCGUAUUGAUCCCAACCUGAUCGUCUCUGCUCCCCAAAAGAAGAGCACUCCUGAGGACCUCAUCUCAAUCGUCAGGACGAAGCUGUUGUAUCCCUAUGAUGUGCCCAAGUCAGCCCUGGCUAGUGUUGGGGCCAUCACCACAUGGCCUGCCCUCCUGGGGUUGCUCAGUUGGCUGGUGGAAGAGGCAGAUGAGGCGGACAGGAUGAGGGAGCGAAUUAAUUCAGUUUCUGAUACCUGUCGGGCUCGAGAGAAGGCGCUUGGUACGGCCUAUACUUCUUGGGUUCAAGCGGGCCAGGCCGAAACACUGGAGGAGACUGCGAUGCUCGACAAGAUAGAAGGCCUGACUAGGGCGCAGUAUGAAGAGCUGAGGAGCGAAAAUGCGAAGUGCUUGAAAAUAAUCGGGGACAAUGAGGCGGCUAUAGAGAAGAUCAAGGAAAGUGGCGAUCUGGACGACCCCGAGCAGUAUGAGAGGAAGAACGAGGAAAUACGUGGGUGUGUUGCGGAGAAGGAGCGUGAAGUUGGAGAAUUAAGAAGGCGUGAAAAGGAAGCGGCUGAAGAGAGGCAGAAGUGGGAAGAGAGGACGGCGAGGGAGAAGGAAAAGGAGAAAAAAUUGAGGGAUCGGAUUGACGAGCUCAGUCAGCGGGUCGAUGCCCAAACGUAUAGUCAUGAGGAUCUAGCGCAGCUCUUGGCUCGCUCGAAGCGGCUGGAUGAGGAGGCACGCCACUUGCAGGAACAGAUAGCCCGAUGUGAUUCGGACACAAAUGCCGAGGAUGCCCAAUUACGUACGGAGCAGGAUACGCUUCAAAGACUGUGUCACCAAUUUAAUGAGUGCAUCGGGGCGGGAGGGCACCCAGCGAUACCUCGUGCCAACUUCAAUCCAGAAGCUACUGAGUUCCUCAAACGAGGUUUUGGAUCAUUAGCUGCACCCGGUCUGAAUAUCGAAUCGUUGGUGGACGCUAGAGUUGAGGACACGCGGAAGCAACUGAACAAGGCAGAGGAUGCCCUACGAGAGUACGUUGAAAGCAGAGAGCAAGCUGACAAGCAGCUGAGGAAGGCUAAGAAGGAGAUCAAGACUGUGGCGAUGAAGGAGGCUGAAUGGAAGGAAACCAGAGAGGCCCUCUUGAAGGAAAGGGCCGACUCAGAGAAGAAGGCAGUAGCCGAUGCGGAGGCUCGCUUGGUCGAGCUUGAUAAGCAGAGCAAACACCUGCAUGAGUCGUCCAAGGCGCAGAAGGUGAAGGUGAUUGAAGACACCGCUACUGCUAAGGAAGAGGCUCGAGAUUUGGAAGAGCGCACGGAGCAAUCGGUUCGUGAACGGAAGGUAUAUGAGCAACGAUUUGAAGCGGCUGUAGACGUUAUCAACUCGAUUGUCGAGCAUGGCCUCAAGAAAGCUGACGAUCUAGACCAAUGCUUGGACGACGAGCUGGCCCGGAUGCAGGAAGAGCUCCCAAUACGGAGCGGUUAAUUAGGAUGCUGAAUGCAAGGGGACAUGCAGCUACCACAAAGGCACGUUUCG